GUAGGGAGGGAGGUAUUGAUGCCUUUCCCCGCAAUUCUUGGGCGGUCGGAACUCGGUGGGGCAGGGAACUCCCCGUGGAGCCGCGGAGGGUAUGACAGGCGAUGGGAAAAUGGCAGAGACAGAUUGCCGAGGCACACCGGCUCAAGGACGGACCUUGGCCACGACACGACACGAACCGACACCAGAACCGACCUUGCUCUCGACAUGCCGUCCACCACUCAUCAUUAUUAUUAUCAGCGGCAUCAUCCCCUCUCCACCAUUUCUCCUCUCCCCCACCACCCAGCCAAUCCAUUUUGAUCUCUUUGAUCCCACCGUAAACAACAGACAUAGCACACACACUCACAAAGACACCCAUCAACCAUGGCUGUAGAACGACUGGGCUCUAUCCUCAAGCAUUUGACCCCCGGCAGCUCCCUGGCCUCCAUCACCUCCAAGAAUGCCGACGACAUAGUCAUCACCCUGGCUAUCCGGACGCCGCUGGCCAAGGCAAAGAAGGGGGGUUUCAAGGACACCAGCCUCGAGUAUAUGGUCUAUGCCCUGUUGAAGGAGGUCAAAGAACGAUCGGCCCUGGAUCCCGCACUGAUCGAGGACAUUUGCCUCGGUAAUGUCUCUGAUGCAAAAGCCUCCUACAAGCUCCGCGCUGCCUCGCUUGCUGCCGGCAUUCCCAAUGUCUCGGGCGCCUCCUCCGUCAAUCGCUUCUGCUCUUCUGGGCUCAAGGCCACCGCUGAUAUCGCCAAUGCCAUCUCUGCCGGCAAUAUCGAAAUCGGUAUCGCAAUCGGUGCCGAGUCCAUGACCAUCGGCGGCGAUGCCCUCGACAAGCCCUUCGACGAGGCCGUCACUUCCCAAAGCCAGGAGGCUGCCGACACCAUGCAGCCCAUGGGCUGGACGAGCGAGAACGUCAGUCGGGAUUUCGGUAUUACCCGGGAAGAUUUGGACAAGUAUGCCGCCGAGAGUUUCCAGCGGGCCGAGAAGGCCCAAAAGGAGGGCCUGUUCGACGACGAGAUCGUGCCCAUCAAGACCAAGGUCAAGGGACCUGACGGCGAGGUGAAGGAGGUUGUCCUGACCAGGGACGAGGGCAUCAGGCCCGGCACGACUGCGGAGACCCUCGGCAAGAUCAGGGUUGCCUUCCCACAAUGGGGUCCUACCACUACCGGUGGCAAUGCCAGCCAGGUGACUGACGGAGCUGCCGCCGUGCUCCUGAUGAAGCGCUCCACCGCCAUCAAACUGGGUCAGCCAAUCCUUGCCAAGUAUGUUGGCUCGACCGUUGCUGGCCUGGCCCCUCGCAUCAUGGGCAUCGGCCCCAGCAUUGCUAUCCCCAAGCUGUUGGCCCAGUUCAACCUGUCCCUAGGUGACUGUGAUGUCAUCGAGAUCAACGAGGCCUUUGCGUCCAUGGCUGUCUACUGCCGCGACAAGUUGGGCCUGGACUGGGCCAAGAUGAACCCCAGGGGUGGAGCCAUCGCUCUGGGACACCCACUUGGUGCCACUGGCACAAGGCAGAUUGUCACAGGCCUGAGCGAGUGCCGUAGGACCGGCAAGAAGAUUUUGCUAACGAGCAUGUGCAUCGGCACGGGAAUGGGAAUGGCAGGUCUGUUUGUGAACGAGCAGUGAGCUGCGUUGUCAAGUAUCGGAAAUGUCGUGCAUCCACCGUCCAUAUCUAAUGCAAAUAAAAUGCCAGAGCCAUUCCUCUUCAAUCUUUAUUUCACCCGGUAUCACUGACGUGGGGCCACGCAAUCCACCGGGCUAAGCAAGGGCCCGUUGCCGAUCACAGCGGAUCAACCCUAUUGAUACAUUUUGGCUUGGUUGGCAACGCUGAACAUGAUCAUUGCCGGAAAUAACCAGACGCUGCAGUCCACUGCACGGAAGUGAAUCUCUUCAAAUCAGCAAGCACGCAUAUAGUUACAGAAAAUGGAUUUCGUCUGCGUCCUUUUACCGGAUUGUUUCAAUAUUACACCGCGACCACAAUCAAUGGUGGUUGGAAAUUUACUUUAUGGGUUGUUUUAUGGUACAUAGCGUCUCUGUUCUUCAUAUACCUCUUGACAUUAAUGACGAAUUGGGAGCACAUGACGAAAGCAAAUGACCAGGUUGGACUUUCA